AUCAGGUACUUGCAUAUCAAGGUAUUUACUACAGCUCUCCAACCAUGGCAAGUGCUAUCUCAAACUUAACUCCUGGUAACACAUUUUUGUUUGCAGUUGCCUUCAGGAUGGAGAAAAUAGACAUAAGAAGUUCAAGCAGUCUAGCAAAGUUAUUGGGUACUACAAUAGCAAUAUUUGGAGCAAUGUUGUUCACAUUCUAUAAAGGCCCGGAAAUUUUUCAUAUGGGCCCUUUUCCAGAUUCAUCCAAUCAGCUUCAUUUGUCACGACCACCGGAUUGGAUAUUUGGUGGAAUUGUUGGUGCCAUAUGGAAUGUUUUACAAUCAGCAACAGCUAGAGAAUAUCCGGAUCAACGCACUUUUGUCUUUUUCUACUGCCUGUUUGGGACGAUACAAUGUAUAGCAGUAUCUCCUUUCCUAGAACCAAAUAUAGACGCGUGGCUGUUGCUGUCUAAAACUGGGAUGAUUGCUGUAGUUUUUGGGGGGGUAUUUUCGGUUGUGUUUCGUAGUACCGCCAUCACAUGGUGCUUGGAGAAGAAAGGCCCGGUUUUCGUUGCCAUGUUCUCGCCCCUCUCCAUAGUCAUCGCAAUCAUCAUGGGUGUCACUUUUCUCGGUGAUUCACUUCACUUAGGAAGCGCCAUUGGAGCCACGAUAGUUGCUGCUGGAUUUUAUACUGUGAUGUGGGGGCAGGCCAAAGAGAAGAACAAGUUACCAAUAGCGACACGGGCUGAUUUGGACGUUUCAGAUGAACCCGGUUCGUCUGAUCAAACAGCCCCUCUCCUUUCGUCCAGAAUUGAAUCAAACUGUUAGUUUGUUUUGUAAUCCAGCGACCAUUAAUGCAAAACCAUUGUUUAUUGUAUACAUAAAAAAGUAGUGACUAUCAUACAUUCAUGUUUUAAGUGUACUUCUUCUGGGUUGUAAAUUGUAACAUGAUCAUUCAUGUUUGAAAAAAAAUGAGGUCUUAUCAUUUGCUUGUUGUAUGUCUAUAUGAGUUGUUAUUUGUCCCUUU